UCCCCACUCGUCGCUGCAACACUAGGUCUAUCCAGCGUAGCCUAUAGUCUACCAAGUAACCAGCCAAAGCAUGGCCACUACCCUGGUUGGGCAGGAAUCAAGCACAUUUUUGCCNUUCCAACUAAUCAUCUCGAAAGUGGCGACUCGUACACGACCACAGGCUUCAACACCUCUCUCACCCAGCCAGGGCCUGGCAAUCCCUUUGGCAAUCCGACAGGAUACACAUCUUCUAACGGACCCAACUGGAUCGACUACCUGACAACAACAUACAACAAGUCUUUCAUCGAGACUGUCAAUCUGGCCUUUGGUGGUGCAACCGUCGACUCCACGCUGGUGGCACCCUAUCUUCCUACAGUACUGUCUGUAAAAGAACAAGUCCAAAACGAGUACCUGCCCAUCUAUGCCUCCCACUUCUCUCCCGUCCCAUGGACCUCCGACGACACUCUCUUCACAAUCUUCAUCGGCAUAAACGACAUCGGCAACAGCUACGCCUCGCAAAACGCAACUCUGCUCCCUACAAUCUUUGCCGAGCUCUCCGGCCUCAUAGAAUCCCUCUACACCAGCGGCGCCCGCAACUUUCUCUUCCUAAACGUACCUCCAGUGGACAAAUCACCAUUAACCCAAUCCGCGGGCCCGUCAGCCCAAUCCCUAGAAUCAGCAGCUAUUGCAGAUUGGAACACUCGCCUAUCCUCCCUCUCCAAAUCUCUGACCAGAAAUCACGCGGACACCACAUCUUUCGUCUUUGACACCCAUAAAGUGUUUUCUCGCGUUAUUGAGCAUCCUUGCGCAUAUCCGCAAACUUGCCCGUAUCAGAAUACCACGGCAUUUUGCGAGGCGUAUAUGAAUGGGACACCUACGCCUACUUCUUUUGAUCCUGCUUGUGGGGUUUCAGUGGACAAGUAUCUUUGGUUGAACAGUUUGCAUCCCACGUUUAGGAUGCAUGAGGCCAUUGCUGCCCAGAUUGUCAAGUUGAUCAAG